AUGCUGGACUUGUUUAAUUUACUCGGAUGGGGAGACUUUUGGAAUGGUGAGGACCUACCUGCAAGCGCCUCAUCGCGUCUAGUUCAUGUUGUGAAUAUUUCACAGAGCCAACCACCAUGGCUGGCCCGACCGCUUUACGGCUUGGCCGCUCCCGCUAUCAUCCUUGUCACCCUGGUCACGAAUUCCUUCGUGGUUGUAGUAUUAUCUAAUAAAAAUCUUCGAACACCUACCAAUUACAUACUUUUAUCCAUGGCCAUUACUGAGCUCAUGACAGGCCUAUCGUCUUGCCCCUGGUUUUUGUACUAUUACACGUUUGGAGGUUUAUACGUCGAUCAAGAAUAUGGUCUUCCAGAUUUUUGGUGUAAAACACAUCCUUACUUUGCUGUCCAUCUUCCUACAAUAUUCCACACCGCAGCUAUAUGGUUAACUGUAUAUUUGGCUAUUCAACGAUAUAUUUAUGUCUGCUUACCUUCGCUAGUUGUAAGAUUCUGCACUCCACGAACAACGAGGCAUAUUAUAAUUUACAUUUGUGUAUGUGCUUCUCUUAGUGAGCUGCCCGUUAUGUGCACGGAGUAUAGUGUCAGUGUGAUGACAACGAAUACGACAAGAAGUUGUUUUCACAAAGACGUGGAUAUAAUCGAUAAGGUGAUAGGUGUGGACUCGUGGAAAGCGCUGAUAUUGUGCCUUCGUGCUCUACUAGUGCAUAUCUUGCCAUGUGUUCUAUUGAUCAUCUUCACUACGUGCCUUUUCAAAACCGUCAAUGAAGCCGAUCGUAAGCGUAGUGUACAUCAACUGCCAGGCCGUAAAGUGCAAAGCACUGGUUCCGGUUGUUUGUCGUCUAAUCGUCUAAUGCAUGCGACAACUCGCAUGUUACUCGUCGUGAUUGCUAUAUUUUUACUAAUUGAAAUCCCUGUAGCAUUGAUAUUUAUUAUGCAUCUACUAGUCGUAUUCUAUCGAUUGCUUGAUAUGAGCGACUAUAAGACUGUGAACAAUUUGCUGAUCAUAAGAAAUUUCUUGAUAAUAUUGACAUAUCCGCUCAAUUUUGCCAUCUACUUCGGAAUGAGUUCGUCAUUCAAACUACAGUUCCGACAACUGUUCUCACGACAAGUUCUUUAUGUUGCCUCUCCUGCCGACGGAGCUGGAUGGCGCCCGCGAUUUUCAGUUCAACUAAUCGAUAUUCACAAUUUACGAAGGCCAAGCCGACUUACACGAAAAGUGACUAAGGUGCUAAUCGUUGUCAUAUCAGAACGCGAUAUGGACAAAACAGAUUUUUUUCAAGCCGCAUAUGGACAAAACAGAUUAUCAGCGACAGCUUUGGACCCGGCCGCUAUGUCAGACGAGUAUCUCUAA